UUUUGCACUUUUUAUACUUUUCACCCAAAUGUUUCUAGAAUUAUCAGCUUAUGUCACAUGCCUCUUUCCUUGCUUACAUGUCCCUUUGCAGACACGACCCACCCAUUGUCUAUCCAUCUUUCUUCUUUUUUACCCUUCUUCUUCACACGCAGCUGAAGAAGUUGUGGAAUCAUUGCCUUCUCUUCUCAAAGUUUCUUCCUUUUCAGAAUCUUUGUUUUGUUUCUGCUUCAGAAGAUCUGUCUCUCCUACGUGAGUCUUGAUUGUUUUUUUUUAAACCCUUAUUUGAGUGAGGCUUGCUUUGAUUCUCUAUUCUUUUUGGCUGAUCUUGAAAUGGAUCUUCUUUCACUUCUCUGAUUGUGAAAGGAGCUUGCUUUCUUCAGUUCAGUGUGACGGUUGAGCCAAAAAAACAUUGAGAUUGGUUCAGUUUUAAAGAUGGGUUAUAUGUGUGAUUACUGUGGUGAGCAAAGAUCAAUGGUGUAUUGUCGGUCUGAUGCAGCGUGUUUGUGCCUUUCCUGUGACCGUAAUGUUCAUUCUGCUAACGCGUUAUCGAAACGUCAUUCGCGGACUUUGAUAUGUGAGAGGUGUAAUGCACAGCCAGCAUCUGUUCGGUGUAGCGAUGAGAGGGUUUCUUUAUGUCAAAACUGUGAUUGGGUAGGCCAUGAUGGAACAAGUUCUACUACUACUACUUCACAUCAUAAAAGGCAAACCAUCAAUUGUUAUUCUGGUUGCCCUUCGAGUGCCGAACUUUCCUCCAUAUGGUCUUUCUGUUUGGAUUUGAAUAUGUCUUCUACUGGAGAAUCUGCAUGUGAACAAGGAAUGGGUUUGAUGACUAUAGAUGAAGGCCCUGGAGACAAAUCAGGUGUCCAAAAUGUCAAUGUAGAUCAGUCUGGAACCAGUUCGGCUGCACAAGGUAUGGAUCGCUCUAGUGUUCCAGAAAAUACUUCAUUGGCUAAGGAGCUUGGAGUAUGUGAAGAUGACUUCAAUGGGAAUCUUAUUAUGGAUGAAGUCGACAUGGCUCUUGAGAACUAUGAAGAACUCUUUGGUGCAGCCUUCAACUCAUCAAGAUAUCUCUUUGAACACGGUGGAAUCGGAAGUCUUUUUGACAAAGAUGAAGCUCCUGAGGGCUCAAUCGAAGGAAACGCAAUGCAGCAGCCAGCCAUAAGUAAUAAUGCAUCUGCAGAUGAUUCGUUCAUGACUUGUAGAACCGAGCCAAUAAUUUGCUAUUCAUCAAAGCCAGCUCAUUCGAAUAUCUCCUUCUCUGGUGUCACUGGAGAAAGUAAUGCAGGAGAUUUCCAAGAUUGUGGGGCAUCAUCAAUGAAGCAGCUUUCAAACGAGCCACAACCAUGGUGCCCUCCAACAUCACAGGACAUAAUUGCUUCCUCACAUGCAACAACACGUAACAAUGCUGUUAUGCGUUACAAGGAAAAAAAGAAGGCUCGCAAGUUUGACAAGCGAGUGAGGUACGUCUCUCGGAAAGAAAGGGCUGAUGUGAGACGGCGUGUGAAGGGACGGUUUGUCAAGUCGGGUGAAGCUUAUGAUUACGACCCGAUGAGUCCAGCAAGAAGCUAUUGA